AAAUAGCGAUGACAAAACAGGGAGUGGGGCAGUCUCGUAACGUCCUCUCACCAAUAACAGACGAGAGUAGCGAGUCAGAAUCCAAAUCCUGGGCAGUCACCCAACAACAUGGCAAGAGCAUGAGCAGCAAGACACCGAGCAAGCAGGGAAGAAGACAGGAUACGAGACAGAAACAGGGGGAUGGUAAAGGGAAGAAGGAUGGCGAGUCUAACAAGAUAAAGCUACCUGUUCUAGGAUCAUUAUCAAUGAACAUUGAGACACACAAUCCUUAUGAAGCUGAGAAGAAGUCAAACCAUGAGGCCUUGUACAAGAGUAGACUUCUCCGAACUAAAAAACAAAAAAGCAUUGAAGGUAUGUUCCAAGCAGCGAAAGCAAACAAGGAGCUAUCCCAGAUACUGUUGAACAUGAACCCCUCGUUUAACCUGGAUAUAGGAGAACACAACCUCCACAGAUUCCUGGCUCCUAAUCGUCACCUCCUCCCUGAAGACGUAGAUGACUCAGAUUGUUACCCUGAACCUCACACUCCCUCACAAGUCAGUACAGAACUACUUGAUGACGUCACCAGCCUAGCCCCACUUCCAGCACCUAUCAAGAAGGAGGAGUACCCUCUUCUGGGGCUCAAACCUCAGGCUCCUCCUCCUCUUACUGCUCACGAACUGGUUAGGAGAUCUAAGGUUAUUGAGGCUGUAGCUCCAAGCUCACUGUGGGUCCCUGCUACCAGUUUGAAGGGCGGGGAGCUCGUCUCUAUUUAAACUGGAGACACUGUUUCAUAGUAUGCUCGUUGUUAUCUGGACUUUGUGAGACUUCACUAUGUGUUCCUACCAUGGGUGUUAUUCGUAGAAACGCAUUUUACUUUUCAUAAAGCUUGCAUUACACGUGAUCUCUAAUUCUACCCCAAUUCACACAAUGUCACCAAAUGGGAACCUGUGCUUUGGCUCAAUCAUCUCGAACAUAAAGGUGGGUUGAAGGGGUCGGGGUAACUUGAGGAAAGGCAGUGGAUACUCGAACUGUCAUCUGAGCUAAAUUGAGUGCCCGUUGUUUUUAACUUGUCAUCAAUAUUUUAGUAGAUUAUGUUCAAAUUUUAUAAAAAUAUUAUCAGAAGUAUUAUGUAUUUAUCAGAUAUUAUACAGGUAUUCAGGUAUUCAUUAUAUCAGUACAGUCAGACAAUACAGUAUACACCUAUCAUACUUAAUUUAUUGAAAUUUUAUACCCACCAGCCCGAUCAAAUUCAAUUUGGUUUUCAUCUGUACAGAUUAUUUAUGAUAUUUAUAGAACAUCUUUAUAAUAUAUUAUGCGAAUGUAUAAAGAAAACUGAAAUUGUAUAUUAUAUUA